GAAAACUUCAAGUCGUAUGGAGCUUAAGAAGGUAUUGGAGAUGCAAGAACCUUCUGGAAACAUGAACUCUAUGAACUAUAAUAUGAAUGCUGAAGGAAUCAGUACACCAGUUGUGGAGGACCAAAUAAAAGGGAAAUUAGAAAAUGCCAAUAUGACUGUUGCUGACUCAGUUGAGGAGGUAAUGUUCAAUGAUCUCCUGAAUGAACUUGGUGAAAGUAUUGGUUUGAAGAGAAGAUCAGAAACUCCCUUGAAGACAUCUGAAAAACUGAGUUCUAAUAUGUUUUCUAAUGGAGAACAAAUUAUACUCACAGAGAGUUCUGUUAAAGCUGAAAAGCAAGAACAUAGAACUGCAGUUGACGUUGCUGCAGCAAUAAGUGGUACACCAAAUACUAAAGAAAUGAAGAGUAGAUCAAGAAGUGAUACUGCUACUCGCAUAACUUCAGUUGGACUUGUACCACAAGGCCAAGUUCAAGAUAAAUUAUACAGUGCUGAGAUUACUAUCAGUUUGAUGGAGGAUGAAAAGGAGAAACAGCUUCAGGAUGAUAUCAUUAUGGGUGAAAUAAAAAUCAACCGUUUCUGUCCUUAAAUAAAACAGGUUUUAUUGAGGACGCUUUGGUUGAAGUUGCAAGCAAUGCUAACAAAGUAGUUUCUUCUAGGACGACCUAUCUUGCUGAUUUUUACCCUUCAGUCAAUCUAACAACAUUUUCUGGUGAAACUUCAAAUGAGUUGAAACUGGAGGAAGUAUUGGAUUUAGAAGAAUCAUCAAGGACUGAAAAUGUUGUUAACUAUACAAGUGACAAAAUUGAAGGUAAAGAGGUCUCAAGUCUUGUUCCAGAGGAUCAUAGUUCAAUGCACUUAGAAGAUAUCCAGGAAAGUGAUAAAAUGGAUGUUAAAGGGGUUACAUGUCCUGCUCAAGAGGAUCAGAAUUCCAUGCACUUAGAAGAUACCAACAUGACUGCUGCUGGAUCAGUUCAGGAGUUACUUAUCCGGGAAAGUGGAAAAAUGGACGUUAAAGAGGACACAAAUCUUGCUCCAGAGGAUCAGAGUUCAAUGCACAUAGAAGAUACCAACAUGACUGCUGCUGGAUCAGUUCAGGAGUUAGGUAUCUGGGAAAGUGACAAAAUGGAAGUUAAAGAGGACAUAAAUCUUGCUCCAAAGGAUCACAGUUCAAUGUACUUAGAAGAUACCAACAUAACUGCUGCUGAACCAGUUCAGGAGGUAGUUUUCAGGGAUCACAAGAAUGAAGUCUGUGAAAGUGGUGGUACAGAGGAUUCUGAAGUUUCCUUGAAGAAAGCAGAAGAUAGAGGAGCCGAUGAUUCUUCUGGAAUUGGAACAGUACAAACUGAAAGUUCAGUUGAGACUAAUGAAGUUAGUGAAGCCACUGGUGAAAAGCCAGUAACGGCAAUGCAAUCGAUCUUAAGCAGUCACGAUAUAGAUUUGAUAAGCCCCCUUAGACCUCAAGUAGACAGCAAAGAUGUCCAAGGUACAACUUAUGGAGUUGAAACUGAUCUGACCAAUGCAGGAUGUGCAGUGCCUGGUCAGCUAAACAAUGAAGAAAAUGUGAAAAUAGUGGAAAAUGAAGACACAAUAAAUACUGAAAAGUUUGUCAGCGGAAAAAAGAUUACUGAUCCGAGCUCAGAAGGAAAAUAUGGGGCAAAUGCCAUUUAUCAUCCACUCAUGGAAAGUAAUGACAGUCAAUGUGCAAAAGAUGAAAAAUUGGACGUAUCACAUGGAAGCUUUGACAAUGUUUCUGGUGAAACACAGGAGAAACAUAUAUUAGAUGAAGAGGGAAAUCCUGUUUCACCAGAAGAAAAGGAAAUUUGUGAGAUAUUGCCCGUCAACGGCUGUCUGCAUGCCAUCAAUGACAUGCAAGAAAAAUGUGAGGCAAUUCCCAUGGAUACGAGAAAUGAUAUUCCAGCAAAUACCUUGCCUCAACAUGCAAUGGUGCAGUUGGAUGAUGAAAGUCAAGCUCUGAAUCAAGGUGUUGAAAUCAGAGAAGUCAAUCCCAGAACUUUUAGUGGUGCCACUCAAGCUUUGCCACCGGAGGAAUUGACUGCACCUAUCAAUUCAGAAUCUUUUUCAAUGAACCCUUUUGAUCAUGUGCUGGUGGAUGGAGACACGAAUGCUAGUGGUGAAAGAGGUGUUGAUCAUCCUUUUAUUAAUGGCUUUGCUGCAACCAUGGAUAACAAUGGAAUCAGUGUAAGCGGUGAAACAGAUGUACAGGAAGAUAACAUUGUAGAGAAAAUAGCAAUAUCUCCCCUGAAAGUCGAGCUUACUGACUACACUAGAGUCAAUGUGGAUGCAGAGUUGUAUGACCCCGAUAUGAAUGUCACAGAUCAAAUAUUUCAAGAAACUAGCGCUUCUGAGUUUCCCAGCACUGAAUAUGCAGAAGAGAUGGCAAAUGCACCUGUAACUAUGGAAGUUGAGAACAAUGAUGAUCUUGAUGAUCAAGGUGAAGAGGUUGGACUUGAACAUAAUUGUAGCUCUUCCUUCGAAGUAGAUGGUUUAACGUCAACUGUUGACCUAACUGUGGAUAACAUUUCGUUGGUUGGCACAUUGGAGAGCAAUUUAAACGGUAGCCAUCCACAAUCUGGAACAAAAGUUGAUGAUCCAGACAUAGAGGAUAGUGAUGCAACAAAACAAUUAGACACUUCCUUCACCUUUGAAGAAGCUGGGGUAGAGGAUGGUGAAAAAGCAAUCUCCACCAUUGAAGAAGCUGGGGUCGUGGAUGGUGUAGCAGUAAUUGUUUCUCAACCGAGAUCUUUACAUGGUGUUGAAGAGGAAGAUGUCUCAUCAUCUGCUAAUACGCCUUGUAGCAAGCUUGAAAUCAGUAUUGAAAAAGAACAUCCACAAGCUAUGGAUGACAUCGAUGAUGUGAUGGGAACUGAAAUCUCUACUAAAUGCGAAGUUACAAGGGAGGAAAGAGAUGAGUGCCAAACCAAUUCCGGAGGUUUUAAUUAUGUAAUUGAUAGUACCUUGGAAGAAAUUGUUGGAGCAAAGUCUGAUGAUUGUGAAGGGUCCAUGAAAACUGACAUAGAGCUGGAUGGCAUUGACAAUUCAGGUGUGAACCAAUCUCCAUGUUUGGCUGAAAGGAAGAAUUAUAACCUAGAGACGGAGGAACCAAAUGCCUUACAUUUUCCUGAAAUCAAAGAUGAUGAUUCCUGGGAAGUUGAUAGCUGCAGUAAACUGAACAUUGUUUCUUCAAUGAAACCUGAGAUGGUGGUAGAUUGCGGUUUGGAUGAACGUAAACACCUAGAGAAUCCCGAUGAAUCAAACAUCUUCACUAACAUGGAGAUGAAAUUGUUUUUCGGGGUUGAGGAUGAAGUUAAAAAUUCAGAUGCAAAGGCCCGUUCUAGUAAUGAUGUUGCUUUAGACAUGUCCAUCACAGAAUGCAAUUCAAGCGACAUUAAAGAGGAUAUUGAGGACACAUAUUUCACAGUGAGGAAGGAUGUUCCUGAAGAUACAGAAGAAACAAUGGAGCUGAGUAACGACUUGUCAGGGCUGGAUGCAGCAAUGGCAGAUAAAUCACCCCUUUUAAAGGGUUCAGAAAUUGGCAAAGGUGAGGACAGUGAAAACGCAGCAGCCUUCAGAACCGAACUAAAUUUGCUAAAUGCAACUGCAGGAAAGGAAAGGAGCAAGAGUGUGCCGGUUAAGCAAUUGAUUUCUUCCAUAAUGAAAAGCAAGAGCAAGCCUGGUUUGAUUCAAAGAACACCAAAGCUACCGAUAUUCCAUGACAUGAAGGAGAACGAGCGUAGCAGCAAAAGGGAGCAAAUUUCCAACCAAACAACGCCUAAAACAACAUCCAAGCUGAGGCUGCCGCUUCGGCGCAUCUGAAACUCAAAGUAUUAGACAUAACCGUUUCUUUAUGCUUGUUUAGUUAGAACAGUGACAUUUCCAUGACAAUAAACAGGCAUUAACGCAAUUUGCUAUGUACAAUAUAGGCAUAUCUCGUGCAUUAUUUGUUUGU